CUCCAAUUCAGGUCGGAUUUGAAUUGAGUUAGUUUAAGUUCGAGUAAUUUUCGAGUCAAUGAUUUUGGGUCAUAGGUCGAGUCAGAAUUGCCAAGUUUUUCUAAGCUUAACUACGAAUAUUAUUUUAUAACACUCCGUGUAAAAAAAAAUAAAAAAAAUGAGACAACCGCAUAGGUAAAUCCGUAAAAGAGUAAUACCGACAGCGUCACGUUUCAUUUUUGUAACCAGAUCAUCAAAUCCAUCUGCACCAAUUUGGCAAUUUUAUCCCAACCAAAAAAAUUACAAUUCUCAGAUCGAUUUCUAUCGAAUGAAGCUUCGAUCGAAAGCAUCAAUGGCGGAUUCUGAUUGAUAAAACAGUAGAAAUCGAGGAGAGAGAAAGAAGACAAUGGAUGUGGAGAGAUCAUCGCUGUGUAAUUGUGUGGUGAACUUUCUAUUGGAAGAGAACUACUUACUGACUGCUUUCGAGCUACUUCAUGAGCUUCUUGAUGAUGGUAGAGAUGCUCAAGCUAUUCGUCUCAAGGAGUAUUUCGCUGAUCCUUCUCUUUUUCCUCCUGAUCAAAUCUCUCGCUUCAAUUCUCUUCGAGUUGCAGAUCCUCAAAGUUUGUUGGAAGAGAAACAAGCACUACAUGAAAAAUUGGCAUUAUGUGAGUAUGAACUUCGAUUAGCUCAGGAAGACACUUCAAAACUAAAGGAAGAAUUGCAGAAGAAAGCAGAACUUCCAUCGCUUGAAAACAACAGUACAAAUGGAAAUGUUUCUUUGGACCCACCUCUUGAUAUAAUAAGACAGAAGAAGGGCACCACAAUGUCAAACUUGGGUCCUGUGAAGGAUAAUGAAAGACACGAUCUUAAUUGUGCUGUGAAGGAAUACUUGCUCAUGGCAGGUUAUCGUCUGACUGCAAUGACAUUCUAUGAAGAGGUGACCGACCAAAACCUGGAUGCUUGGCCUAAUUCACCUGCAUGUGUGCCGGAUGCUUUGCGUCAUUAUUAUUAUCAGUACCUUUCAUCCACUGAAGAGGCUGCAGAGGAGAAAAUUGCAAUUCUAAGGGAAAAGGAGUCACUGUUAAAGGAGAAUGAGAGACUAAGCCAUGAGAAGGAUUGCUUGCAGAGGAACAAAGAAGUAGCUGAUGGUCAAAUAACGGCUUUGACAAGAUCAAUAGAUAGCUUGCAGAAGGAACUGAAAGAGAAGGAUAUUUUGGUGCAAAAGAUGAAGCAGUUGUCUGAGAAUCAAAGAAAGGAACUUAAUGACUGCAGAGUGGAAAUAACUUAUCUUAAAAUGCAAAUUGAAGGUUGGCGAUCUGGUAAAACUCAGUCAACGAGUAAUGCUGAUCAUUCUCAGCCACAUUCCCUUGAAAACCCCACAGAAGAAACCAAUUCCAUGCUGAUGGACACAGGAGAGGCAGAAACCUCUUUAGCUAGUGCCGUUUUUGAUUCGACAAUCCCUGAGGAGAUUGUGCAGAAAGAGGUAAUAGCUGUUGAAGUCCCUGAAGGUGAAUCAGUUUCAUCUGUUCCAGUCCAUGGAUCAUCUGAAUUUGAGGCUUUAAGAAGUAAAGAUGCAGAGUCUAAUACUGCCGAAAUGUUAAAUGGCCAAGCGAAUGAUGUCCAGAAAAAUUCACCUGAGGCAAUGAGCCCUGAAAGUGGAAGCCAAACAGAUGCUGACAUUUGUGGAGAUAAACUUCCAGACAAUACAAGUGUAUCACCUGCUUUAGAAAAGAUGAAUUUGGAGACAGUCCAGAUUCUUGCUGAUGCACUCCCAAAGAUUGCUCCAUAUGUUCUUAUACAACAUCGAGAGGAGCUUCUCCCCUUGAUGAUGUGUGCAAUCGAGCGCCAUCCAGAAAGCACCACACGGGACUCUUUGACACAUACACUAUUUAAUUUAAUCAAACGACCAGAUGAACAACAAAGAAAAAUUAUAAUGGAUGCUUGUGUUAAUCUUGCCAAGAAUGUUGGUGAGAUGAGAACAGAGACAGAAUUGCUUCCUCAAUGCUGGGAACAGAUCAAUCACAAGAAUGAGGAGCGUAGGCUGCUUGUUGCUCAAUCAUGCGGAGAGCUUGCAGGAUUUGUUCGACCUGAGAUCCGUGAUUCUCUGAUCCUGUCUAUUGUGCAACAAUUGGUAGAGGAUUCUGCAACAGUUGUACGCGAAGCUGCUGCACACAAUCUGGCAUUGCUGCUCCCACACUUUCCCAAUACAGAGAAAUAUUUCAAGGUUGAGGAAUUGAUGUUCCAGUUAGUCUGUGAUCCUGCUGGAGUUGUUGUUGAUGCUACACUUAAGGAGUUAGUACCUACUUUGGUCAGAUGGGGAAACAAGCUGGACCACAUGCUGAUUGUUUUGCUGUCACAUAUCUUAAACUCUGCCCAGCGUUGCCCGCCCCUUUCAGGGGUUGAAGGUUCUCUUGAGUCGCAUCUACAUGUCUUAGGUGAACGUGAGCGUUGGAACAUAGAUGUUCUAUUAAGGAUGUUGUCAGAAUUGCUUCCAUAUGUGAAACAGAAAGCAAUUGAGACAUGCCCAUUUUCUGCUGCUUCUGAAUCAGCAGGGAUGUUAUUUUCUGAAUCCUUGCUGCAACUAUACGCCAGGGGUCAAGUGGUAUGGUCUGCAUUUGAGUGGAUGCACAUAGAAUGCUUCCCCCAUUUAAUUCAGCUUGUAUGUUUGCUACCCCAGAAGGAAGAUAAUUUAAGAGCCCGGAUUGCAAAGUUUUUGUUGGCUGUAUCUGAACAAUACGGAGAUUGUUAUCUGACACACAUAAUGCUGCCUGUUUUCUUGAUAUCAAUUGGUGACAAUGCUGACUUGACAUUUUUCCCGUCUUCCAUUCUACCAAAGAUUGAAGGUUUGAAACCAAACAGCUCGGUGAUGGAGAGACUUGCCACCAUGUGUGUGAUGCCACUGCUAUUGGCAGGCGUUUUAGGUGCUCCUAGCAAGCGUGAACAGUUGGAAAGUUAUCUGAGAAAGCUUUUAGUUCAAGAUACUUCAGAAGAGCCACACAGACUCCAUGCUGAAAUAGUUGAUGCUGUCCGCUUUCUCUGCACAUUUGUAGAGCACCAUAGCAUGAUAUUUAAUAUCUUAUGGGAGAUGGUUGUUAGCUCCAACAUUGAUAUGAAAAUAAGUGCUGCGAACCUACUGAGAGUCUUGGUUCCGUAUAUUGAUUCAAAAUUAGUCUCAACUCAUCUUCUUCCAGCCCUUGUCACACUUGGUUCUGAUCAAAACCUGAGUGUAAAGUAUUCCAGCAUAGAUGCAUUUGGGUCUGUAGCUCAGCAUUUUAAGAGUGAUAUGAUUGUUGAGAAAAUAUGCAUUCAAAUGGAUGCUUUCUUGGAGGAUGGAUCUCAAGAAGCACUGAUUGCUGUGGUCCGUGCAUUAGUGGUUGCUGUACCACAUACCACAGAUAAACUUAGAGAUUAUCUUCUGUCUAAGAUUUUCCAGUUUACAGCAUCUCCUGUUCCUAUAAGUGAUGUCAUGCGUCGCCGUGAAAGAGCAAAUGCAUUUUGUGAGGCAAUUCGUGCUCUGGAUGCUACAGAUCUUUCUGCUGCUAGUGUCCGAGACUUCCUUUUACCUGCCAUUCAAAACAUGCUCAAGGAUCAUGAUUCACUUGAUCCAGCACACAAGGAGGCAUUAGAGAUCAUAAUGAAAGAAAGAUCUGGUGGGACCUUUGAUGCUAUCAGUAAGGCAAUGGGUGCUCAUCUUGGAAUUGCGUCAUCAGUUACCAACCUAUUUGGUGAAGGUGGGUUGCUAGGCAAGAAAGAAGCUCUGGAUUCUGUGGUGGAACCAAGUGAACCCCCUCAGCCAUCCCCACCCUCAGCAGCGGCAGAAGACACGAGAUUUAAGCGGAUCAUGAGGGGCAAUUUUGCUGACAUGCUUCGAGGUAAAGCAAAAAAUCAGGACGACAAUGUACCUCACCAAUAAAAUUUUGUAUAAAUUGUGCAGCAUCUCCCUUUUUCGUGUUCAAGUGAUGAGCAAUUCGACACAACGUCAAGUUUUUCUUGCCUCAUUUAAUUUGUAAUGUUCCUUCUACCAAUUUAUAUGUACAAAACACUUGUGAUUUUAUUUGUACUUUCAAUUGAGCAGAUAAUUAAUUCUUAAUACACACAUGCAAUGAUGCAAUUGAUUAAAUAGGAGUAUACAAAAUGUCCAAAGUUGCUUGUUAGGCCAAAAGAAGUAACUUUGCAGAAAUCUGAAUUAUCAGUUUUGCAGUA